AUGGAAAUUCAAAGUAAUAAACAUCUUCAUACGAGACAAAUUAUUGGUAUUUUUCCUGUAUUGGAAUUAAACGUUGAUGAUGUAGAUGUUCCUUUAAAAAAUCCAAGUAUAUCUUACUUUGAUAUCUUUUUUCUUGUAUCUUCAAUCCUUAUGCACAUUUUGGAUAUGGCAAUUGAUAUUAAUCUUGCCAUAAGAUACUUAUUAGCAAACAAAAUAACAUAUUUCAUAUGGACAACAAUUUUUAUUUUUCUACCUUCUUUUAUAAAUGUCAUAAUUAGUAAAAGAAUGCAAUAUCAAGAUAACAAGAGAAAUGCAACAUCAAAUCAACCUGAGUCAAAAUGCAACCACACAAUGUUAACAAACAAAUUAUGUUGCAUUGUAGUUGUUGCAUUUCAAUUAGCACCAGUAUUACGCUAUUACCAAACUUUAAAGUAUGCCCUUAAGGCUUAUAAAUACAAACAGCAGAGUGACCGUAAUUCUCAAAGGCGAUAUUAUCUUAAAAUGUUAAAGGAAGAUCAGGAUGUUGCAUUAUUAAGAGUAUUUGAAUGUUUUCUUGAAGCUGCUCCUCAGCAAAUUUUACAAUUAACUAUAUUACUCAAGCAUUAUCAUAGCAAUAUCAAUUUUGAAUUUAUUCAUCAAGUAGCUAGUAUUCUCAGCUCACUUGGAAGUAUGGGUUGGGCAAUGGCUAGUUACCAUCGUAGCAUUAGGUUUGCUCAACAAGAUAAACUGAAUAUUGGUAUUACAGGAACAGUUCUGCAAUUUUUAUGGCAUUUCUGUACAACAGUUUCAAGGAUAUUAUCUCUAAGUGUUAUUGCAAGUAUAUGGCCAUUAUAUACAGCCAUUGGUUGUAUUUUUCAUUGGAUAAGUAUGACUAUUUGGAUUAUUAUUGAUUCUCAUGGUAUAUUGGAAUUUUGUAGAGAUUAUAAUCAUGCUCCACAUUGUUCUCCAAAAAUCAAAGAACGCAUUUAUUCUGUAUUAUUUUCUAUGAUAAUUGGUGUAGUACAUGUGUUUAUAUAUCUGAAUGCAGUAAAUGGUAGUACAUUUCUUAAGCAUGUGCUCUUUUAUGUAGUUUGUUUUCUUGAAAAUAUAACAGCAACUGUAUUUUGGAUAUAUACUUCAUCAAAUGAAGUUAAAAAUUCUUGGUACUAUAAUAUACUUAUUAUUCUUUGUAUUAUACCUUUUUUAUUGGGUAUAACAGCAAUGAUUGUUUAUUAUAGUGUUUUUCAUCCUUCCUUAAAGCAUCAAAAUUGUACAGAUACAUAA